AUGCCCCACGAGCCCCCUUUCAACAAGAGACUAGCCAACCGCUCGUGCUUCACCAAGCCCCCUUUCAACAAGAGACUAGCCAACCGCUCGUGCUUCACCAAGCCCCCUUUCAACAAGAGACUAGCCAACCGCUCAUGCUUCACCAAGCCCCCUUUCAACAAGAGACUAGCCAACCGCUCGUGCUUCACCAAGCCCCCUUUCAACAAGAGACUAGCCAACCGCUCGUGCUUCACCAAGCCUCCUUUCAACAAGAGACUAGCCAACCGCUCGUGCUUCACCAAGCCUCCUUUCAACAAGAGACUAGCCAACCGCUCAUGCUUCACCAAGCUCCCUUUCAACAAGAGACUAGCCAACCGCUCGUGCUUCACCAAGCCCCCUUUCAACAAGAGACUAGCCAACCGCUCGUGCUUCACCAAGCUCCCUUUCAACAAGAGACUAGCCAGCCACUCAUGCUUCACCAAGCCCCCUUUCAACAAGAGACUAGCCAACCGCUCGUGCUUCACCAAGCCCCCUUUCAACAAGAGACUAGCCAGACUCUCGUGCUUCACCAAGCCCCCUUUCAACAAGAGACUAGCCAACCGCUCGUGCUUCACCAAGCUCCCUUUCAACAAGAGACUAGCCAACCGCUCGUCCUUCACCAAGCCCCCUUUCAACAAGAGACUAGCCAGACAUUUGAUAAUAUGGUAA